AGUGAUCCAGCGUCUGCUCGCUGCGAUCGACAUCUCCGCUAUUUCAGCGCGCUUUAUGGAGAUGUUCGAUGCUUCUGGUGUCUUCUGGUCGUGAAUGAAUGAUGUUCCUCCGCAGGAUGUUCCUCAGGAGCUUUCUGUCAGUGUUCCUCGUGCUGUUUGUGAGUCUCGGCGCUCAACAAGAAGAGAACGAGGUUCUGAAAUACAGCGACACGGAGCAGAUUGAAGUUGCGUUCCCCGCUGGCAACGUGAGCGAAAAGACACACAAACCUUCAGCAGCAGAUGUUGACGAGUGUCGCCAGGGCGACCCGGGGCCUUGCGGUUACCAUGCCAACUGCACAAACACACCUGGGUCCUACCUGUGCAGCUGUCUCCGUGGUUACCUGAUGAGUGGGAAGGGAUGUCAAGACGUGGACGAGUGUGUGUUAGCCGCAGUAACGGGUCUGCAGGCGUGUGGAAGUGGAGCUGUGUGUACAAACACACCGGGAUCUUUCACCUGCUCGUGUCCGGCGGGAUUCGUGCUGGCGCUCGACGGACACAACUGCGUCGACGUGGACGAGUGUAACUUCGAGGAGAGCUGCCGGAGGGAGCUGGGUAACGUGUGUGUGAACACAGACGGCAGUUACGUGUGUGUGUGUCAGGCGGGGUUCAGAGAGGACCGAGCCGCGUGUGUCGGUGCUCAGUGUCCAGGUUUUCUUAUAUGUGAAGAUGUGGACGAGUGUGUGGAGGAGCGGCGUGUGUGUGUCGGUCGAGGCGAGUGUGAAAACACUCCGGGCAGCUACAGGUGUGUGUGUCAGCGCGGUUACCGUGGCAACGGCACACACUGCACAGAUAUAAACGAGUGUUUGACGGGGGAUCACGGCUGCGACGUGAACGCUCGCUGUGGGAACGUCAUGGGCUCGUACUUCUGCCGGUGUCUGCAGGGAUACAGCGGAGACGGACACUCCUGCUACGACGUGGACGAAUGCUCUCAGGACGACGGACUCUGUGAACAGGACUGCGUGAAUCGGCCGGGGACGUACAGCUGUGUCUGCGGCGCUGGGUACGCCGUCACUGCAGACCUGCACAACUGCACAGAUGUGGACGAGUGUGUGAGGAGUAAUGACACGUGUGAACAGACCUGCACAAACACAGCGGGUUCGUUUCUGUGUUCGUGUCAGCGCGGGUAUCAGCUGCACAUCGACGGACGCAGCUGUGUGGACAUAGAUGAAUGUAAGCUACAGAACGGAGGCUGUUCUCACGACUGCACCAACACAGCAGGCGGUCACCAGUGUCAUUGUCCCUCUCCUCUGCUGCUAGACCACCGCAACACCACCUGCGUCAAUGUGACCUCGUGUGCCUUGAGGAAUGGUGGAUGUGAUCACAUCUGUUCGUUGGGUGCUGAGGGUCACAUCCAGUGCAGCUGCAGAGCAGGAUGGGAGCUCGGCGCAGACCAAAGAACCUGCAUUGAUGUGGACGAGUGUGUGAGUUUUAACGGUGGCUGUGAGCAGGUGUGUGUGAAUCAUGCCGGCGGUUAUAAUUGCAGCUGUCGUUCGGGCUUCGACUUGCGUAAAGACGACCCGACGAGAUGCCAGCCGCUGUGUGAACCUGCCUGUCUGAACUCCGGAGUGUGUGUCGCUCCGAACGCCUGCGACUGUCCGCCGGGGUAUCCAGGACCGGGAUGCUCAGCCAUGUGUUCUCCACCCUGCGCUCACGGAGGAUCCUGUAUGAGGUGGAACGUCUGUCUGUGUCGUCCGGGCUGGACGGCCGACGGCUGCCACACGGCCGUGUGCGAGCUGCCCUGCGCGAACGGCGGACGGUGUGUCGCUCCAAACACCUGCCAGUGUCCCUCCGACUACAUCGGCCCGCAGUGUCUCACCCCGCUGUGUUCUCCUCCGUGUGUGAACGGAGGGAGGUGUGUGGACAUCAACACCUGCAGCUGCGCAGACGGAUGGACGGGGGCUCGCUGUCAGAUCGAACCCAUCAGGUGUGUGUCGCCGUGUAGAAACGGCGGGGUGUGUGUGGGACUCAACAGAUGCCAGUGUGUGGACGGAUUUACCGGAAGCCUCUGUGAGACAGCCGUCACUACACCGUGUGUUCCUCCCUGUCAGCACGGCGGCGUCUGCGGGCCCCUGAACACCUGUGUGUGUGCGACGGGGACGAGCGGCAUCCGCUGUGAGAAACUCGUGUGUCCGGUCGUGACGACGGUGGUCAGUAUGGCCCGCGCCGUGAGGAAAGGCUUUCGGGAGAGUUACGUGGACCGCUGCGGACCGCUGGGAGUCCAGCUCUGCACUAAAUACAGGAUAAACCAGGCCCGCGUCUAUCUACAGGCGUACAGAGUGGGCUACAAAAUCCAGUGUCCCGAACAAACACGAUGAACACCGUCAAGUCCGAACACACAGGCCCCCUCGUUCGGAUGCAAUGUGCUCGUGUUGUAUUUUUACAGGCUAAUAAAGGUAUUUUUAUGUGACUUAUUUA